AUGGAGAAUGGCUCUCUGCUUGAUGUCCUAAGUGGACAUGAGUCUAAUGUAGCCAGUAUAAGCCUAUAUGGAAACACACUAGCUAGCAUAUCAUGGGAUAGAACUUUGAAGAUUUGGAAUAUCGUUGAUUCCACAUGUGAAACCACCGAACUCGCCCAAGAAGGUCUUGCUGUUGCAUUUUCCCCAUGUGGACAAUUGAUAGCUGCGCUGACUGUGGACUCAAAUGUCACGAUAUACCAUGCAAAAGAUGUAAGACGGGGUCAAGCUGAUACCAUAACGCGGCAGAAUGCUUCGCAGAACAAAUCAUUCACUUGUAUGCAGUUUUCACCAGAUAGUGCCCUGUUGCUGUUGGGCGGCGACUCAAACAACUUCUGUUUAUACUCGGUUCCGGAUAGGAUGCUGAUGAAGAAGUUUACGAUUACGGCUAAUCGUAGUUUGGAUGGUGUCGUGGUAAAUUCGGAAACGGAACCAGAUGGCAAAAGGGCUAUCAAGUUGCCAGGAUCAAAGCAUUUUGAUCUGGGAGAAAGAAGCGCACGACCGCAAAUAGCCGUUUAUGCUUUGGCGUAUUGUCCAACAGGUGCGAUUGUUUUUGGUCGUCGAUUUGCUGUUUGUAGUACAGAAGGAGUGGGGGUAUAUUCGCUAGACACUGUAGGAAUAUUUGAUCCAUUCCAGUUGGAUAGCCAAACUACUCCAGAUAUGGUAAAAAACGCUAUCUCCAUGUGCGACUUUUCGACGGCGCUUAUGGCUAGUCUGCGUUUGAACGACACGAAAUUGAUACAACAAACUAUGGAAACCACGCCCAUGGAUCAGGGUAUGUUGUGCAGUAUCUAUAUAAUCGGUGACCGCUUUCGCCUUCCCCCAUAGCC